AUGUUCGCAUCCCAGGUGUUCUGGUCCUACAUUCUCGGAAUGCUGACCAACCUGGGCGGUCUAUCCUUGGACCGGAUUCACUCUAUGUUACGCAUGUUCGCCCUCGGUGGAGUCAGCGAGGCUGGCGAGUGCACCAGACAACAACUGCGACACUUUCUGGAGGGCAAGUUGCGUGAAGGGCAGCUCAUCUGUGAAGACGAUCUCUAUAAGUUGCCUUGA